AUGCUCGCUAUCUUUGACCGUCUGGUCGGUGAGAUUAUGGAGGUGUUUAUGGACGAUUUCUCGGUUUAUAGAGACUCAUUCUCUCACUGUCUCCAUAACCUGGAACUUGUCCUUAAACGGUGUGAAGAAACGAACCUGGCACUGAGUUGGGAGAAGUGUCACUUCAUGGUUCGAGAAGGCAUAGUUCUUGGGCAUAAGAUCUCCAAGAUGGGGAUUGAGGUGGACAGGGCGAAGAUCGAGACUAUCAGCAAGCUGCCUCCUCCUACAUCUGUUAAGGGGAUCCGGAGUUUCCUUGGUCAUGCAGGGUUCUACAGGCGGUUCAUCAAGGAUUUCUCGAAGAUUGCUCUGCCCCUGACUAAGCUUCUAGAGAAGGAUGCCCCCUUCCAAUUCACUGAUGCAUGCACAGUGGCUUUCACGACCUUGAAGGAGAAGCUCACACAAGCUCCUAUCAUGGUUGUUCCUGAUUGGUCCUUACCAUUCGAGAUUAUGUGCGAUGCUAGUGACUUUGCUGUUGGAGCUGUGUUGGGGCAGAGGCGUGAUCAGCAUUUCCGACCUAUCUACUACGCCUCGAAGACCUUGAAUGAUGCCCAGGAGAACUACACCACCACGGAGAAAGAGCUGCUCGCGGUGGUGUUUGCCUUCACUAAAUUUCGUCCUUAUCUGGUCUUGUCCCAUGUGAUUGUGUAUACUGAUCACUCCGCAAUUCGAUACUUGAUGAGCAAGGUUGAUGCCAAGCCUAGGCUCAUAAGAUGGAUCUUACUGCUGCAGGAGUUUGAUAUUGAGAUUCGGGACAAGAAGGGAGCAGAGAAUGUUGCUGCCGAUCACCUCUCCCGGUUGGACGCACCCCCUGCGGACAACCUCGAUUAG